AUGAGAGUCCUUGCCUUUCUUUUCCUUCUCUUUGGCGGAGCCGCUGCCUUUGUGACGUCCAGCUCGUCCUUUGCUGGCUCCAAGUUGUCCUUUGUGAAUCCCUCGGUUGCCCCUGCUGGACCCGCAUCCAGGUCCCAGCUUUCCAUGAUGAGACACCGAAAGGGAUUCAAGAAAUUGGGAAAACCCGCCGACCAGAGAAAGGCACUCCUACGUGCCUUGACCACCGAAACCAUCAGGCAUGGCCGAAUCAAGACCACCUUGGUACGCGCCAAGGCCGUCCGCAAACACGUCGACCACAUGAUUCAACUAGGAAAGAGAGGCGAUCUCCAUGCACGUCGUCAAGCUCUUGCCUGGAUCUACGACAAACAGCUUGUCCACUCCCUCUUUGAAGCUGCCCCCGAUAGGUACGCCGAUCGUAAUGGGGGAUACACGCGUGUCUUGAGAACCGUGGCGAGGCAAGGAGACAAUGCCAAAAUGGCCAUUAUUGAACUUGUGUAG